AUGGCGGAACGCAUGGGCCCUAGUCCGCACUACUCACGCAAGUACUCUCCACGCGCUCGGGCCAUGGAUUACCUGAUAAGUGCAUUCACGCUCAGAACGGAAGGUUCCGUCCCUCGUCGCGCGCUUCAGCAGACCUCCGCCGCCUAUGCGCAGCAGUCUCUGGACACACACAAUUACUACAGGUCAAGGCACCAGUCGACCGCACCUCUGCGCUGGUCGUCAACCCUCGAGGCAGAUGCGCAAGCUUGGGCUAACCGCUGCGUGUUCGAGCAUGCCAAUAACGGGGCAACCGGACAAGGUGAAAAUCUUGCUUGGGGCUACUCUGAUGCCAAGUCCGCUAUCGAUGCCUACUACUCUGAGGGUGCUGGCUACGCGUACGGUGUCUCUCAGCCCGCCGACUGGUACUCCGUGGGACAUUUCACCCAGGUCGUCUGGAGGAGUACGACGGACCUAGGGUGUGCUGUCGCCACAUGCAACGGCGGUCAGCAGUUCCAUGUGUGCCGCUACUACCCUCCUGGCAAUUAUGUAGGCGAGUAUGCGGAAAAUGUGCUGCCGCCCAUCUGGCAUUGA